GACUCAUUUGUACUGGCCUGACUGAUUGAAAAGAUGUCAAAGGCUCCAGAUUCUCCAGCUCGGUCCCGCUCCAGAUCCAGGUCCAGAUCCAGAUCCAGGUCCUACUCCAGAUCUCACUCCAGAAGCCACUCACGUUCAAGAUCCAGAAAGCGACGCUACAGCUCCAGGUCUCGGUCCCGGUCUCGCUCACAUACUCCAACCUACAGAAACUAUCCUUCUCGGGACUAUCAGAACAACAGAGGCGGCUUCAGAGGCUACAACCGAGGCUACCGGAGGCCGUACCACUACCGAGGCCGGAACCGGGGCUACCACCCACGAGGCCACUACCAGAACAGAGGGGGAGGCGGCUACGGCUACAAAGCUAACUGGCAGGGUGGCGGCGGCGGCGGCGGUGGUGGAGGAGGAGGAGGAGGAGGGGGAGGAGGCUGGCACGACCGUCACCGUGACCAGGACCACCACUCCCACAGCCCCAGGAGGGGUCGCUCUCGCUCCCGUACGCCCAGGAAGCGUUCGGGCAGCAGGAGCCGGUCCCGCUACUCCGACCGCUCGUCUUCAGGACGAUCCCGGCGCUCCAGACGCUCCAGCUACUCCUCCCGGUCCAGAUCCCCGUCCCCCCGGCAUCGCAGCAGCAAGGGCAAGCCUGGCUCCAAGGACAGCAAAGAAAAGGUCACAGAGAGUCCAGCAGAGAAACCCGGACAGGGGGCCGACGGCAGCGCCAUCGAGAAGGCGUCCGGAGGCAAAUGGAUCGACUACGACGCAAGCCCCAAACGAAUCAGCCCCGAGGUAAAGAAGGAAGACGUGCCCUCUAGUGCUGAGAGCAAAGGGCCUCCGAGCGGCGGUCCGCUGUGGAAAACCGUCGGCAGCGUGUCACCUCCUCCAGCGAAGAGUCCCACAAAGUCUGGACAAACGGCCUCGUUCAGCGGCUUUGGGUUCUUCUCAAAGGAGGAAGCCAAAGUCGGAGAUAAGACGGUGAUUUCUGCUGCCUUCAAGAAGUAUGUGCCCUGCUUUUCUCUACAUUAUUGGACAGUAAUUGCAUCGUUUUACUUUUAAUUUUCCUAACAAAUUAUACACGUUAUUUGUCUUUCAAACAUGUUUAGCUUUUUUUCAAAGAUCCUUGGAAGAAUACAGGUUAAAAAGGAAUGAAACAUAGGACUCCUGAUUUUAAGUGCAUUGAACAUGUAACCGGCUGUUGUC